UUAAGAGAGAGAGAGAGAGAUAGAGAGAGUGAGUGAGCAAAGGGUGGUGGCCAUGGAGGGUGAGCAGCAGCAGCAGCAGCAGCUGAGCAAGUCCAGGGUUGUGAAGGUUGAGUCAGAGGAGAGAUGGGAACUCUUCAUGACCCAAGCUAGCAAUCAAGGGUGCCCUGUUCUUGUCCACUUUGGUGCUUCAUGGUGUGUGCCUUCCCGUGCCAUGAACCCCUCCUUUGAGGAGCUGGCGCAGGCUUACCGGGAUAUUUCGUUCCUCCUGGUAGAUGUUGAUGAACUCAAGGGAGUUGCUUCUAAACUGGAAGUGAAGGCGAUGCCCACCUUUGUGCUGAUGAAAGAUGGUCAGGUGCUAAAUAAGAUAGUUGGAGCCAACCCUGAAGAGAUAAAGAAGAUGAUUGAUGCUUAUGUCCAGUCCAGUGGCUCUUCUAGCGUGGUUUGAGAACUAGCUCUCUGUGUACUACAAGAGAGCUAUUGUGUGAAACUUAAUGCUGUUGUUCUUUGUUCUUGUACUGCUGUAAAUGCAAAUAUAAUUAUCUAUCUUUAACAUCUUUCACUUGUUCAUCUUGUUCAUCCUUGCAUCUAUUCAUGCUUCACAUGUCUACCUGGAGUUUCUA